GUUGCCAGCCAAUGGUCCUAGACUUACACGUCUAUACAUACCGAUACGUCUAAACGGUCCAAACGCUAACUAGUAUAAAAUCGGUCGUGGAAGGUUUGAGAUGCGUCAUGAUGAUCAUGAUACACCAGAAUAUGUGCGUGGUCACUGUGGUUGUGUGUGUAAUCUGCUUGUUCAUGGAAAUGCAACAUGUCUCUGGGGUAACAAGGAAAACAGUGUAUAUUACACAGAAUGAAAGUGGUGCGAGAUACACUCUGAACAAAGGAAAUGACACCAAGUGGCUCGCGAAGGGAUAUUACGCGGCCCUAAAUAAUGACACCGGUUGGGGUUACCUGCAGGUGCAAACAAAUCCUCAGAACAAUGAUACGUCACAAGCCUUUGCUGCUGGAUAUGUAGAGUCACUUCUGACGUAUGACCUCAUGUACAAGCACUGGUACAAUACCCUGCAUGGCUUCUGUGAAACCAGGCAAGCUUUGUGCCAAAGGGUUCAGGACCAUUUGGAUAAGAACCUUGUUUGGGUCAAUGACAUGAUUGCCAACCACAGCAACACAGAGCCCUACUGGCACCAGGUGAAUCUGUUCUACUAUCACCUGGAAGGACUCGCAUUUGGUUACAAAACUGCAAGGGAAGCAGAAGGAGACACUUCCAAAAAUCUCACUUUCAAUGAUCUCUUAUGGUUGAACAUUCAGGGGGAUCUUGAGGACCUGUUUUCUGCUUUUGAUACCAACACCGGUGAUCCGCCUUCAGUGAGAGGGGCUCAGUUACCUGCCUCAACCACCUGCUCUGCUCUUAUUAAACUCCUACCGGACUCUUCAGAUCUGUACACUUCCCAUGACACAUGGUCGAGUUUCCAGUCCAUGCUUCGAGUCCAGAAGAGGUAUAUCUUCCCAUACAAAAUGCUUCCUGACUCAAAUGAUACAGUUCCUGGCCAUGUUAUCACAUUCUCAUCAUACCCAGGGACAAUCCAGUCAGGUGACGACUUUUAUGUAACAUCUGCAGGGCUUGCAACGCUUGAGACAACAACAGGCAACAACAAUCGCUCUCUCUGGCAAUAUGUGACACCCGAGGGACAGGUACUGGAGCAGGUGAGGACAAUGGUGGCCAACAGGUUGGGGCACUGUGGAAUGAGUUGGAGCAAAACAUUCAGUCUGUACAACAGUGGCACUUACAACAAUCAGUGGAUGGUGGUGGAUUAUAAGCGCUUCAAAAAAGGGACACCUCAGAGUCUACUUAAGGACAAACUAUUGUGGGUCCUUGAACAGUUGCCAGGAUAUAUCAGAGCUGAGGAUAAGACUGAAGUCCUGAGACAACAGUCUUAUUGGCCAAGUUACAACAGUCAUUACUUUCCAGAUAUAUACAAUCUCAGUGGACAAGGGGAACUUGCAGCUAAGUAUGGAGACUGGUUCACCUAUGAUCGGACUCCACGUGCUCUUAUAUUCAAGCGAGACCAUGUGAAGGUGAACGACACAUCAAGUAUGAUUGCAUUAAUGCGUUACAAUGACUACUUACAUGAUCCAUUGUCUCGGUGUAACUGUACACCCCCAUACAGUGGAGAGAAUGCUAUCGCUUGUCGUAACGAUGUGAACCCAAUCAAUGGUACAUACCCAUUUCCAGCAUUGGGACAUCGACCACACACAGCAACAGACAUGAAACUGACAACAGCGGAUCUUAUUACUAAACUUCAGUUCAUUGCUAUCGCUGGCCCUCCAUACAACACCUACCUCCCACCCUUUCAGUGGAGUAAAUCAGAUUACAAAGAUCUUCCUCACCUUGGACAUCCUGAUGUUUUUCAGUACCAGCCAGUUCUAUUCAAGUGGCAGUGGUAAGAACUGCAUCGAGUUACUGCUGCAUUCUGCUUCAGUUGGUUUUAGAUUUGGCAUUGUAUUCUGAAGAUGGCAAAUAUAUAUAUUGUAGCGUGUUAGGUGUGUCACGCCGUCGUUUGGCAUAGCGAGUUUAUUCCUUCGCU